AGCCAAUUGCAGCGGUUCACUUCUGACAGUGUUGCUGCUACAAAGCGAGGUGGAGCGCGCCGCGUGCAAUUGAUUUCGUCUUACAAUUGACAUCUCUGCCGCAGGUGGGGUCGCUCCCCCCUUUUUGCAGACUUGGAACAGGUUGGUGCGACCUCCUGUUGGUGCACGAGCAUGUGGAUGCUUGGCUUCUGGACGAUCAUCUUUGAUGCGUGCGCAGAUGGUUUCGAUUACAGACAGUGAGUAUACAAGCACAAUUUUGGUGUGACAUGAGAGAAUGGCUUUAUGUGCAAGCAGUAAUGUUGGGGAUUGGUGGCAACUUGCACUUUGUCUGCUCCAAACAAUCCCGCGUAUUCUACAGAUGGGCGCAUCAAUUUCACAUUGGCGCGGUGUUGUGAAUAUUUGGCUUGAAAACGGAUGCCCGGUUUUCUGCACCAAUGUUUUGCUGGUGCUGUGGCUGAUGCCUAGUGUCUCACCUUUGGUCGUGAAGUUACGCUCGCUGCCUUUUUUGGCUUUGUGCGUGGCCGACCCUUCGCUUGGUCUCCCUUUUUGUUCGCGUCUUGCGACAGAAUGGGGCGUGUGGGAACAUGUGGCUAAGCCAUGUGUGUGCCUGGCCCCGUCGUUUUUCUCCCAUUUGCCUUGCCUGUAAUUAAGGACUUCGUUUGGGUUCUCCUUCUUUUACUUCUUGUGUACGGAGUCUCUUCAGUCGACCGGCGAUUAUGCGGAAGGCGGCGCGGGGGAAACAAAUCUCCCAAAGUAUUUUUUUUUAACGGUGUCGAGUGCAAGCACAGACCAUUUUCCCCAGCUGUGCAGCUGUGCAGGGCUGUUUAGUUGUUCCUUUGUUGCAUGUGGGGUUUCCUUUGUUGCAUCUCAGCUAGGGCGCGAUGCAGCUGCUGGCCAAGGAGCCAAGCUUGGCGUUGGAGAAUCCGUCGGAAGACAUGGCCCCCGUUCUGGACAUGCGGAAGCUUACGGAAGCGCGUGUGGGCGUGGAGGAGCAGCAGCAACAGGAGGCCAUUCAAGCUGAGCCAAAGCGGAUGGCCCUGGGCAACGUGCUGCAGCUCGCAGAGUCGGAGGCGAAAGGCGAUCCAGGCUCGCCACAGCACCCAGAGUCCGGCCCACGCUCUGAGAAGGAACUCUGUGCGGCUUCCUUCUCCGAGGAGAACAAGACGGACGCGGACUUUCAUGGCGAAAUCCAGGUCGCUGCCAAAGUGGUGCUCGUGCUGAUUGUGCUGUUGGUGGUGCUGCAGGCCAUCAACAGGAACCAGGAGCCCGCGUUGCAGAAGGUCAUCCCCGCGCAAGGUGUCUGAGGCGGAAACUGACCCCCGAAUUCAAUGCCUCUGCCGAUGGGAUUGCCACAAGUUCCUGCCUCAAACUUGCA